CAUUGCAGUAAUCUGCAAAGUAUUCUCACUUAGCAAGUUCAUGUGUCCUUUAUACUAUACCGUAACAAACAAUGCCGUUUUAAACUUAAUGUUAAUAUCGUAACAUGUCUCGAAAAACAGUCUGUCGACAAGAAACAGGUGAUCCCAGCAUUAUUGGCAUUGACUACGCUCGUCUAGAAGCUCUAUGCAACAUCCCCGGGCUUGAAUGCAGUGGCGAUGAGAAGACUAGUGAGGAGGCCCACAGAGCCUUCAUGAACUCUUACCAGCAGAUUUUCAUCCGGGCUCCAAAGCCACUGCCUCGAAUACCAUGGCCCGAGGAAAAUAAACCUGUGACGGAGAAGGAGAAGCAGGAUGAAACACAGAAGAAGAAGCCAUUGGGCGCUAGGCGCAAGCUGCCAUCCAGCAGACCGUCCCAUGAGUCCAAGGUCAGCCAGAUGAUCAAAGCUGCAAAGAAGUUUCCUGUUGAGCGGUCCCAGUCGGAGCAGCAGCUGAUCCAGUCUGCACUGAAGCUGUUUCCCGUGCUGAUGGACCAGAUUGACCCGGCAGAACUGCGCGACAUCAGCAGAAUUGUCAUGAUAGAGAGCUGGGAUCGUGGCCAUAUCAUGUUUGGGGAGGAGGGCUUUUACAUAGUGCUUAGGGGCUCGGUGGUGCCGUAUGCCGAUGCAAGCUCUCCUGAAGAAGAGAAAGCAGAGAUUGAUGCAGGUGGAUGCUUCGGCUCCCUCGAGGAGUCCAGCAGCGCCGAGGCGAUCCGGUGUGUCCGAACGCUGCAGCCCUGCGAGAUCCUCAAGAUCCCUCACUCAGGCUACGCCAAGCUGAGACAGGAGCUCCUGGGGCAGAACUUUGCGCUGAAGGAGAAUCUGGUCCAGCGCUGCAGCUUCUACCUGAGCUGGCCCAGGUUCUCUGUCCACAAGGUGGCCGACCUCGUCCAGAUUAAGAGUUUCCCGGCCAAUCACGUGUUGGUGAAGGAAGGGAAGGUCUGUCAGUUUGUGGCCUACAUCCACCAGGGCGAGUGUAAUAUCCUGCAGGACAUUGGGACUCUCAUGAAACCAACCAAGAGGGGCCGUAUCAACUGUGUAUCUGUUGGGCGGUUGGGUCCUUUCGAGUCCUUUGGAGAGGUGAGUGUCCUGAUGGACCAGUCUUCUCCCUGCACCAUCAUCACUCACACACCGGUGCAGGCAGGGAUCAUAACACCUGACAAACUACAAGAGAUGGAUUCUGUCACCAGAACUCUUAUGCUGCAGUCGGCAAAACCCACUUGUGGAAAACUUACUGAGGAGGAAAUCAGUAAGCAGUACAUGCGUCAGGAGCAACAGAAAGAGUGGGAACAAGUGAAGAAAAAAGUGUUGUCAGACAGUCUGUUCUACAAUGGGAUCCAGCAUGGUGUAGGAAAAUGGACCUUAAACAGAAGCCAGAAGAUGAAGCACUGAGCACUACACGUACAGCAUACACCCACACCCACACCCACACCCACACCCACACACAACAGCACACACACACACACACACACACACACACACACACACACACACACACACACACACACACACACACACACACACACACACACACAUAUACACACAAAGACUUUGUCCUCACAUCAUGUAUUUAUUUCCCCCUCCUUAUAACCAAGAUAUUUUCUCAUAACUUGGA